CUGAAAGUCCAGUGAGUGUAGAUGAUCUGUAGGAGUUUAAUGGACACUUUCCAGAUGAUUGAGUUCUUCCUGGUUGAUGUGAAUCUUUCUGACACACAGUGUUCCCUACUGCCAUGAUUUCAGCUCGACCACUGAGAUGGGUUUUACUGUUUCUAUUCCCGUCUCUCAGUCAUCAGGCUUCUUCUGUAUAUUUUUCACUGAAGGUCGAGUCUCCAGUCUCAGGGCUUCUUGGUUCCUCUGUGUCUCUGCCCUGUGCUGUCACCAGCAAUAUGGAUGUUCGACCCAUGGAAGUGCGCUGGUACCGUCCCAAUAUGUAUGACACCCCGGCUCUGUUCUACAGAGACACAGAGAUCCAGAAGAGUCCUGUAGAUGUUCAGUACCAGGGCAGAGUGUUCCUGUUAGGAGAUCUGGAGAAAGGAGACGUCUCUGUGAAACUGGAGAACCUGAUGCUAACAGAUAGAGGAGACUAUGUGUGUCAUGUUAGUAGUGAUACCUGGUAUGAUGAGGCCAUAGUGUCCCUCAGACUGAGAGUGGUGGGAUCCACUCCUGUUCUCUCCAUACGUGAAGCAGGAGAAGGGAAGGUGAAUGUUAGCUGUCAGUCACAUGGUUGGCUUCCUGAGCCGUCAAUCACCUGGACACAUAAAGAUGGGAGAGAUCUGAAACAUCUCAGUAACGACAAGUUCACCAACAACUCUGUAGGGACUGUAGAUGUGAGCUCGUGGCUGAUUGUGUCUCCCUCUGAGUCUGAGUGGAUCUCCUGCUCUGUGGGUUUGUCUGAUCAGGAGAGAAAAGAAGACAGAAUAAUGUUACACGUCCCUGCACGUGACACGGAGUCGUUGACUGGAUACAUCAUCAUCAUCAUUCCCGUUCUUCUGGUGCUGUGUGUCGUCGGAAUUGCAGUGUAUUGUGUGCUACGUAAAAAAGGUCUGAUUCUCUCCAGGAGAAAAGGGACAGAAAGUACAGGAGCAGGAACUCAGUCAGAAACUGAACCUCUGAAUAAAAUCCGUGUGGAGAAUCAGGAUCAGACUGACGCUCCAUCUACAGGUACAGUUCCUCACGCUGUGGUUGUAGAUUUAGACCAAGUGAAACAAUACAAAGUGAACAUCAGCAUCGACCCAGAGGAAACUUCAAAGUGUCUAAAAUAUGAGGGAAAGGAAGUGAAGGGAGCUAGUGAUUACUCUCAAGAGGAGAAAGACAAUCCUGAGUUUAAAAUCUUCACUCUGUGUAAAGAGAGGUUUCAGGCUGGUAAACAUUACUGGGAGGUGAAACUGAGAGAGUCACAGAAAACAGUAAAACUCUCCUGGUUUGUUGGUGUAGCGAGUGAUGAAGCUGAGAAAGAGGACAGCGUCGAGUUUACACCACAGGAUGGGUUCUGGGUUCUCUGUUAUGAAGGAGAUAAAGGAGUUUAUAUCAGAGAUCAAACAGAACUGAUUUCACUCCCAGACGUUAAUAAAGAGCUGACAGCAGUGGGAGUGUUUUUAGACUGUGAUACACACACACUGUCAUUUUAUAAUAUUAAUACACACUCACACAUCUACACUUUCACUAAUGUGGACGUCAGAACAUCACUGCGUCCUCUGAUCAGCCCUGGAGUCAGAGACCCUCAUCCUGUAUGGAUUAUUUAGGAGAAUAAAGACAUCUGUAAUAUGAUGAUGUGUGAGUUUAUAAUGUAUUAAUAUAAAGUGUGUAUACAUACUGUACAUAACACACUCCUAAUAAGACGUGUGGAAAGGAUUUGUUUGUAAAGUUCAUAUAAUGAGGUUUAUAAGUCAUGUGUUUAAUACAUGGAGCAACUGAAUAUUUU